CCCCGCCCUUCCCCGGCUCCUGCGCUCACUGCUUCCUUUCCUGUCUCUGCUGGCUUCAGUCGGGAGGCCGCAGACAUGGGGAUCCUGGAGAAAAUCUCCGAGAUCGAGAAGGAGAUCGCCAGGACCCAGAAGAAUAAGGCCACUGAGUAUCACUUGGGAUUGCUGAAGGCCAAACUCGCCAAGUACAGAGCCCAGCUCCUGGAGCCCCCCAAAUCAGCAGCCGGUAAGGGCGAUGGCUUCGAUGUGAUGAAAUCCGGAGAUGCCCGAGUGGCGCUGAUCGGGUUCCCCUCUGUGGGUAAGUCCACGUUUUUGAGUCUGAUGACCUCCACGGCCAGUGAGGCGGCCUCCUACGAGUUCACGACGCUGACCUGCAUCCCUGGCGUGAUAGAGUACAAAGGAGCGAAUAUUCAGCUUCUGGAUCUGCCGGGAAUCAUUGAAGGUGCAUCGCAAGGGAAGGGCAGAGGUCGCCAGGUCAUCGCUGUCGCUCGGACCUCGGACGUGGUCAUCAUGAUGCUGGAUGCCACAAAGGGUGAAGUCCAGAGAUGCUUAUUGGAGAAAGAGCUGGAGUCUGUGGGCAUCCGGCUGAACAAGAACAAGCCCAAUAUCUACUUCAAGCCCAAGAAAGGAGGCGGCAUCUCCUUCAACUCCACCGUGCCCCUGACCCAGUGCUCCGAGAAGCUGGUGCAGCUCAUCCUCCAUGAAUACAAAAUGUUUAACGCAGAGGUUCUGUUCCGGGAGGACUGCAGCCCAGAUGACUUCAUCGAUGUGAUUUUGGGGAACCGAGUGUACCUGGCCUGUCUCUACGUUUAUAACAAGAUCGAUCAGAUCUCCAUGGAGGAGGUGGACAGACUAGCCCGGCAGCCGCACAGCGUGGUCAUCAGUUGUGGGAUGAAGCUGAACCUGGACUAUUUGCUGGAGACAUUAUGGGAAUAUUUGGCACUUACCUGCAUCUACACCAAGAAGCGAGGACAGAGGCCGGAUUUUUCAGACGCCAUCAUCCUCCGGAAAGGCGCUUCUGUGGAGCACGUGUGUCAUCGGAUUCACAGGACGCUUACCAGUCAGUUUAAAUAUGCCCUGGUUUGGGGAACGAGCACCAAGUACAGCCCUCAAAGAGUAGGACUGACCCACAACAUGGAGCACGAAGACGUCAUCCAAAUAGUCAAGAAAUAAAAUGGCCGACAGCCCCGAUCCAUAGAGGCCACUUACUGCAGCCGUACUCCUUCUGAUUAAAUGCCAUUAAAACCCACACAGAACACGUCGGACACAACAGCUGCCAUUACCACAGCCGUGAACUGUAAGCAACAUCUGCACCAGGAUCAUCAACCUCUGAAACUACAACUCCCAGCAUGCUCCAUUCACUUCUGUGGGAGAUACAGAACAACUAAGCAAGUGUGCAUCUUGGGAGUUGUAGUUUCACAGCAGUUGGAGUGCAGAUGGGAUGGGGGCUGACCCCUGCUCUAUCUACACAGACCCAUUAGAACUGUACAAACACCCGCCAUCUUACUUCAUGCAAUAUCUGUGUUUUUUUUUGUUUUGUUUUUUAUUAAACUGGAAAUAUUUUCUGGUAUAUAUGAUAGCAAAUAAACCAAAUAUUGGUG